AUGAUGAAUAUUGAUGAUGAAGGUAACACGAUGUACCGGAUUCGCGAAUUUAUUGAUCAUCAACGUGAUGGACGAGCAGUUAGAGGGGACGAUGGAUGGUAUACUACCUCCAACGGUCUCAAGCGUCCACGAAAGACAACUAAAGGAUGGAAAUUAUUAGCUGAAAUGAAAGGUGGAGAAACUGAAUGGCUUGAUCUAUCAGUAGCAAAAGAAGCGUUUCCUAUCGAGGCCGCUGAAUAUGCUGUUGCAAACAAGCUUGUGUCAGAGCCUGCCUUUGCGUGGUGGGUUCCCUACACUUUGAGAAAGCGUGAUCGAGUUUUGAAAGCUGUUAAGCGCCGUGCUGUGAAAAGACAGAAGCCAGAAAAGUUUGGUAUUGAAGUGCCUGGUCCUGGUCCAAAAGGCGUUGCACAUGCGUAUGAACUUGAUGCUCAGAAUGGUACCUCACAUUGGAAUGAUGCCUUGAUCAAAGAGGUCAAAACAAUUCUACCAGCUCUGAAGAUUCUGGAAGAAGAUGAAGAUGUUCCAGUCGGAUACCAGCUCAUUGAGCUUAUGACUGUUUUUGAUGUCAAGAUGGACCUCACACGGAAGGCACGAAUAUGUGCUAGAGGGGACCAAACGGAUCCUCCAAUGUCUGUCACCCAUGCAAGUGUUGUGACAAGGGAAAGUAUUCGACUUGCUUUUGUUAUUGCUGCUUUGAAUGGUUUGAAUGUUUUGAGUGCUGACGUCUCCGGUGCAUAUCUGAAUGCCAAAUGUGCGGAGAAAGUUUAUUGUAUUUUAGGGAAGGAGUUUGGAGAGUAUGCCGGGAAGAAAGCUAUCCUGGUUAAGGCCGUUUACGGACUCAAAAGUUCCGGAUUCGCAUGGAGGAGCCUCUGUGCAGACGUUUUGAAGGAACAAUUGGAGUUCCAACCAUGUCGUGGAGAUAUGGAUGUUUGGCGUUGUCCUUGUCAACGCAAAGAUGGUUUGAAAUAUUAUGAGUAUAUUUUGGUUUAUACUGAUGAUGUCAUUGCAAUCUCGGAGAAUCCAAAAGCGAUUAUGGACAAACUCAACAAUUUCUUUGUUUUAAAGCCUGACUUGAUAAAAGAGCCAACCACAUAUCUUGGUGCAACAAUCUCCAAGCACAAGUUGGAUGGUGAUGAUUAUUUCACCUGGGCUAUUGGAUCUGAAGCGUAUCUACAAGAGUCAUUACGAGUUGUCAAGAAACGAAUUGCUCCAAUGCAAUUGACUUUGAAGAAAAAGGUUUACUCAACUUUACCCACUGGAUACAAGCCGGAACUUGAUUCUACUCCUUUUGUCCAUGAUGAUACUGCUAUUUUCUACAUGCAACUCAUCGGUAUUCUGCGCUGGCUUGUGGAACUUGGUCGUAUCGAUGUCGCCGCCGAAGUGUCUAUGCUCUUGUCUUACAAUGCAAUACCUCGUGAAGGUCACUUUCAUGCUGCCUUACAUAUUUUUGCCUAUUUACAGAAGCAUCCUGAUCGUGUACUUGUGAUGGAUUGUGGUUAUGCUGACCAUCUUAGACCAUUAAAGAAAGCUGAUUACUCACAGUUCUAUGAAUUCACUAAGGAUGAACUCCCAAGUGACAUGCCUACACCUCUUGGCAAAGCGGUAGAGUUCACUAUGUUUGUUGAUGCAUCUCAUGCUGCUAACGUUGUUACUCGUCAAUCAAGAACAGGAGUAUUGAUCUUUGUUAACAAAGCUCCUAUUAUCUGGUAUUUGAAAAAGCAAAACAGUGUCGAGACAAGCAGUUUUGGUUCUGAAUUUGCUGCUCUAAAGACAGGUGUUAAAUUACUUGAGGGACUACGAUUCAAGCUCAGAAUGAUGGGCGUCCCAAUCCAAGGUUAUUGUCAUACUUGUGUUGACAAUAUGUCCGUUGUCAAGAACUCAAGUGUUCCUGAAUCUCAAUUGAAGAAGAAAUCGAACGCUGUCGCAUAUCACUACGUUCGUUCCAGAUGCGCAAUUGAUAUCCUACAAAUUCAAUGGAUAAUUUCCGCUGAGAACUUGGCCGACGUUUUAACCAAGAUUCAACCUGGAACCGUUCGUGACCGUCUCUUAUGGAACACAUCAUGUGGAAAGCAAAGCGAAAUGGAAGACUUGCUCCUCUGA